AUGAGCAGACAGGCACCUACGGUGAGAUCCGUCCUGGGACGAAGAGGUUUCAGCUCGGCUUCGGAGAUCUGUGGCCGAAGUUACGCCGCCUCUGCCUGCCAACCUGUCCGGUGCGGAGCUGGUGCCUACAGCAGCCGGAGUGUCUGCAACCUGGGGGGAAACCGGAGAAUCUCCUACGUCAACGGGGUCUGCGCACCAGGAUGUUUCGGGGAGUUUGGCUUUGGAGGUGUAGGCUACAGUAACGUUGGAGGAAGGGUUGGCCUCUGUGGUCCCAGGGGAUAUAGUAUCGUGAGAGGUUACCCCGAGCGCAAGGCUGAAGGCAUCCAAGGUAUCUGCAUCGAUGAACGGCUCCUGAAGCCCCUUUGUGUCGGGGUCGACCCACUGGAACAUGAAAUACGCUGUCAGGAGAAGGAACAGAUCAAGACCCUUAACACCCAGUUUGCCUGCUUCAUCGACAAGGUCCGAUUCCUGGAGCAGCAGAACAAAGUGCUGGAGACCAAGUGGGGCCUCCUGCAGCAAUACGUCCUCCCAAAGAAAGGGAAAAACCUGGAACUGUACUUUGAGAAUUACAUCUGCGACUUGCGGAAGCGCCUGGACUGUUUGCUGUGCGAAAAGCAAAAGCUGGGCAGCGAGGAGUGUGCCACCAGCCAGCUGGUGGAGGAGUUCAAGUGCAAAUAUGAAGAGGAAAUCAACAGACGUACAACUGUGGAGAAUGAGUUUGUGGCCCUCAAAAAGGAUGCAGACUGUAUCUUUCUGAACAAGGAAGAGCUGGAGGUGAAGGUGGAUCUGUUGAGAAGGCAGCUGGAGUUGUUGAAAUGUGUCUUUGAGGAGGAACGAGCUCAGGUGGAUCGUCAGCUAUGUGACACUUCUGUCAUUGUGAAAAUGGACAACAACCGGGACCUGGACAUGGAAAGCAUCAUCAAGAACGUUGAAUGCUGGUACCAAGAAAUAGCUCAGAAGAGCAAGGAAGAAGUUGAUGCUUUCUACCAAACCAGGUUUCAGGAGCUUCAGGACAAGAGAGGCAAGUACUGCGACGAUUUGCAAAGCAACAAGUGUGAGAUUUCAGAGCUAACCCGGAUGAUACAGAAGCUGCAGUGUGAACUGGAGAAUGUGAAGAAGCAGGUCUCCUGCCUGCAAACCUCCAUCUGUGAUGUUGAGCAACGUGGGGACUGCGCCCUCAAAGACGCCCGGGAGAAGCAUGUUGAGCUGCAGAACGCCCUCCAGAAGGCCAAGGAUGAGCUGGCUUGCAUGCUGAGGGAUUACCAGGAGCUGCUGAACGUCAAGCUGGCCCUGGACAUUGAGAUUGCAACGUACAAGACCCUCCUGGAGGGUGAAGAGAGCAGGUGGGUGAUAGAGAACUUGUCCCUUCCCUCCUCGGUGGUCAGCAGCGGCUACAACAUCCCCGACGACUGCGGGAUGUUGGCUGCAAACGGGGCCGCGUGCGGCUAUGGCACCCUGGGGAGACGGUCAGGACGACACAGCUCCCAGAACGGAGGAUUCAGCUCCCGGAGCGCCGGGAUCCACCCCAAGAGAGUCAUUAGCUCGGUGGCCAAGCAGUGCGUCCCAGAGGUCUAUUGCCAAGCCGGAGGGGUCAACUGCAAAAAUGGGGGAUUCAGCUCCCGGAGUGGGGGUUACCCAGCCCGCACCGUCAUCAGCACGGGGAACGGGGGCUUGAAUGCCAGGAUGGGGGCUUGCCCAGCCAGUGGGGUGGUCAGCUUCGGAAACCAAGGCUGCGUCAUCAGGCAGCUGGGGGGUUCGCCUGUUGUCGUCGCUGCUGCAAACAGCCCCGAAGUCGUGGGGUGCAACAACGGCGUGGUGGGGGGCUUCGGCGUGGUCAGAGACCCUUGUGUCGUUCCGUAG